UCUUCCUUGGAAAAGAAUGGAGGAUGACAAACAUAAUAAUCCUAAGACAAUGAUUAUAUCAGAGGAUAUGGUUGAAGAGAUCUUUCAACAUCUUCCAAUAAAAUCACUGGCUAGAUUCAAAGUCUUGUCAAAAAAAUGGAGAUCGACGAUUGAAUCAACCUACUUUUCCCACAAACGACUCGUUCGUACAGGAUUACCAACCCCUAAUAUGAAAUUUCUUUAUGUUAGUCGACACUUUUCAGCAAAUUUUGUUGAAGAAGAUUCAAACUCAACAACUUUGCUUUUGGAGACUUUUUCUAGAGAUGAUCACGACAACAACGGAAAAAACAUCGACAAAUCUCAAAACGAAACUAUUCAAGUAUUGGGGUCUUGUGAUGGAUUGGUCUUGAUUCGGAUCUACGACGAUUUUAGGUACAUUUACUUGAUCAAUCCGACGACUGGAAAACACAUGACACUUUAUCCCAAAUUUACGCAAUGGCCAUUAACUUUUAGAUUCGAAUUUACCGCAAUGGUCGAUAGACCAUAGAGACAAGUUGAUCAAGGAGUCUUGGAUUAUCCACCAGAUGAGAAGAGAAUGCCGUUUCAUGCUGGAUUUGGCAAAGAUAUUGUUACAAAAUCUUAUAAGGUGGUUUUGAUAUAUACAAGAUUUGGAAAAGGUGAUCGUUUUUUCAAGGCCAAGGUCCUAUCCCUUGAUAAUGGUAAGCAAAGAAGCGCAGCUUUAUACAUUUUCAAUGACCAUGACUUCAGCAAAGAGCAAACAUCAGUCUACGCAAACGGAUCCCUCUUUUGGUUGACAUUAUGUGACUAUAAGCAAACACUUGCAAAGCUACUAGCUAUCGAUUUUCACAUCGAAGAAUUUCGAUGGAUAUUAUUACCAAAGUGUUACACCAGAUAUGAUUCAGUAGAAAUGUGGAAUCUGAAUGACCGUUUGUGCGUAUCGGAUGUGCUAAAAUGUUCAAAUUUGGUUGUUUGGAGUUUACAACAAGAAUAUCCUACCGUGAAAUGGGAGAAAAUAUAUUCUGUUAAUAUUGGAUUUAUAAGUACCAACCAGUUACAUGAAAAGUUUUGGAUGUUUGGUCUAGCGGCAGCCUAUUUUUCAAGUAUUAGAAAUCAUCGAGAUCAAGUUUCUUUUUUUAGACAAAGAACGGUUUCGUAUUCGCCAACAAUGAUUUCUCCUUCAAAUUUGAUGCUUUGAUGUUGUUUCUACCUUCACUU